AUGAUUGUAACGAAAAAAGGGCGAACGUUUCAUCGCGGAAAAUCUCUAGGUUUUGAUGUACGCACUGCAAUUGUGGACCAUAUGAUCAGUAAAGGCGGCGAUAUAGUAACASGACACUUCCCAGGUUCGCUGAGAGAAGUAGCCGAACACUUUAAAGUCAGCAAAACUACAGUCAAAAAGAUUUGGAGGCAGUGUUCUGAAACGGCCGAUAUCGAUGUUCAGUGGAAAGGAGGCAAUAAUCCACCACAUUUGCAGUCUCAUCAUCUUGAUUUCAUUGAGGGUCUGAAAACCAUAAAGCCUUCUAUGCCUUACUCUAAAAUCCAUGAAGCUGUGAACAUGCACUGCCCUAUUCCAGCUGGAACUUCACGAUCGUCUCUCGGAAAAGCGGUCCAGAAUCGACUGCAAGGAGGCCGAUGGACGUGGAAAAGAAUGUCUCGAGCUAAUGGAGAUAAAUUUUUACCCGCUAACACUAACUACUGUCAAGAUUUUCUAAAUUACAUGAAUACAAUUGACCCUUACAGAAUCAAAUACUUCGACGAAGCUGGGUUUUGUUUGCCAGACGUCGGCAAACCCACUUACGGCCAUUCACAGAUCAACACGAAAUGCGUGGAAAUUGGCCGUUAUCACAAUGCUCCUAAUGUAACUCUGAACUUACUGAUCGGAUUAGAYGGAGUCGUUUAUGCUAACACGGAAGACGGACCUUCUGAUACCCUUAAAUUUCUCAAUUUUUGGGGAGAAGCUAGCAACAGUAGAAUACCAAGUGGCUUUCCUGCUCUACAGUAUGGUGACAUUGUUGUACUCGACAACUGUGCAACCCAUCACAACAACGGAGGUUUCAUUUUAGCGGAAUUUCUAGAUCAAUUUGGAAUCGAUGUUGUCUAUCUUCCCGUGUAUUCGCCCGAGCUAAACCCAUGUGAGUUGGCCUUUAACAAGUUUAAGAAAUUGGCUCAGCGUUCUGAUAUCAAAGCUGUGUUCAACAGAAAUGUCCAUGACGGUGUUUACGAGUGUUUACAACAUCUUACCAGUUUAGACUGUGCGGGAUUCUAUAGGGAAGUCGGUUAUCUUAGUAUGUGA